AUGUUCACUGAAGAAGCUGCUCGACGUGUCAAAAGUCAAGUAGAAGCGACUACUAGUGGCUCGUCUGGCGGCUCAUCUUAUAUCUAUCCUGUGCGCUCUUUGCUGAGCGGGAUCAAGCCGGUUGCUGGUCAGAGAUCAUCCUUGACUAUUCAUGAUGAGUCCGCACUCUCCGAUGCCGAGGUAAACGAACCGAGUUUUUCCCAUGAAGAGCUAGUUAGACAGCUGCCUCAGGAAGCGAUCAGCGGCGGAGAGGUGCCCUCAAAUUCACUCGUCAUGUCGCCCUCUGCCGACCUCGUUUCUACCAGCGACAUAAGGAGACGCAGGCGCCCUUCUCCCAACUUUCGCGACUUCCCACCAAACGAGGACCCGCUUUCCCAGAGGACCUUCUCUACCGCUCAGGCAGGAUAUUUUCCUCGGCCAGAUCCGGACUAUCCUUCUGCAAAGAUAGAUGCGAGUAGUCCUACUGGAAGCCCUGUGAUAUAUGCCGUUGCCGACGACGGAGUAGAGGAAGGAUUUGGUUAUCGUCACCCAGCGCAAUUUGCCCAGGUUGCGGCAGAUGCGUUUGCACAUACUGCGCAAGUGCUUGUGUCUCAGCCACCGGACAGUGAUUCCGAUCAAUCACUGCACUCACACUUCUCGCACAAAGGUAUUGUUCAUCUUCCUCCACUUGCGUCAGCGCCAUCCUCUACAUCGUCAAGAUCUCGAGGGCGGACGAGCCGAAGUUCGGGAAAGAUGUCAGAUAUAAACUUGGAAUCUGUGCAAGAGGUGGAAAUCGCUCAGCUCCCAUCCACGCAAGGAUCUAGACCAGUCUCUCCAGCGCCGGCGGGCGAUAUAGUAACGGGUUCUAGGAGCAGUCAAACCGAUUCAUCUAUAUCCGAUGGAUCUUACUACGGGUUCAGAUAUCGGCAUGUCCUAGAUGAAAAUGGACAUCAUUUAAUUGUAGGAAGAGAAGGUAAAUUGACAAAAUGCGAAGACGAGCCUAUACGUACACCAGGUGCAGUUCAGGGUUUUGGCAUUUUGAUAGCGGUCGAGGAGAACGAAGAAACGGGCAAUCUAGUAGUUCGCCAGGUGUCCGAGAAUUCAACCGAGCUGUUGGGUCUUUCACCUCGAUAUCUCUUUUCGCUUGCGUGCUUUAGCGAAACACUCUCAGAGCAGCAAAGCGACAUUCUAUUCGAUAACAUACAAUAUUUGACUGAUACCUCGUUAUCUCCGGAAGAACAGGCCGAGAAUCUUCACGUGUUCAUGCUCAGUGGUUGGGGGGAGCCCAAUACGGCAUUUCCAGACACCAUGUCGCGCGAUCCUCAUAACCGGCGAAAUUGGACCUGUUGGUGUGCUGCCCAUCGACCACAAAUGGUAGCGCCAACCAAUUUGGGCUCGAUUAAUGACGACUCCAGUACGAACAGUCAUGCAAGUACGCAAAGUCUGAUCAUCCUUGAGUUUGAGUUAGAAAAGGAUACUUUUAAUCCCCUCUAUCCCCCAUUCGCGGAAGAGGGAUCCUUCCAAUCUGGCGUAUCUUCCCCCUCGAAUGGGUCCAUCUCAACCUCUAACAGUUCCGCGCGCACUUUGGUUUCUUCUGCCAGUGCCAGUUCCGAAGAACGAAUGGUUACUCCGGAAGAUUCUACAUCAAGUUUGGUUAGUAGUGAUUCAUCUGUCGUCACUGGGCAAAUAGAGACGUCGUCGACACCUUCCCAAGAGAGCUCCGCGUACAAUUUUCCAGGACCCGACGAUUGGAUGCCUAGCCCUGAAGAAAUUAUGGAGAGUACGACCAGCCGUGCAAAGCCCCUGCUUGCUUUAGAACGGCUACGUCGGACGCGAAAAAGCGCCAUGGAAGGUCUUACAUCUCCCAACCAGAGCAAUACACGGCAGGGUCCACCACGCAGACGACGCGGGACAGGCACUGUGGGAAUGAUGGACGUUUUCGCCGUCAUGGCACAGAUCAACGAGCAACUUGGUUCCGCGACUGAUCUCGAGACGUUCCUGAAGGUGGUUGCAGGCGUCAUCAAAGAUCUCACUCAAUUUCAUCGUGUCUUAGUCUAUCAAUUUGACGAAGUGUGGAAUGGACAAGUUGUUGCAGAGCUCGUUGAUUGGGAUCAAACCCAUGAUUUAUACCGAGGUUUGCAUUUCCCUGCUAGUGAUAUUCCUGCGCAGGCCCGGAAUCUGUACGCUCUAAACAGAGUACGUCUCCUAUAUGAUCGCGGCCAGCCUACAGCCCGUCUCGUCGUUCGGAAUAAGAGUGACCUCGAGACACCCCUUGACAUGACACACUGUUAUUUGCGGGCUAUGAGUCCAAUUCAUCUGAAAUACCUGGAAAACAUGGGUGUUAGGGCCUCAAUGUCUGUUUCAAUAAUGGCUUUCGGCAGCCUCUGGGGAUUGGUCGCUUGUCAUUCGUAUGGCCUCCACGGUAUGCGAGUGUCAUUCCCAGUUCGUCAGAUGCUUCGACUCCUGAGUCAAUCUAUAUCGCGCAAUAUUGAGCGUCUCACUUACGCGCAGCGUUUACAUACCCGAAAACUGAUCAAUACGGGAUCCUCAGAACAGCAUCCAACAGGGUAUAUUGUGUCAAAUGCUGACGAUUUACUCGGUCUUUUCGAUGCAGACUACGGCGUGCUUGUCAUCGGUGAAGGAGCGAAGAUUCUUGGGCCCAAUCAGCACGGCCAGGAGAUCCUCAUCGUUGCGGAGUAUCUUCGUCUCAAGCAGUUCGACACCAUACAAGUCUCGCAAGCUGUGACACAAGAUUAUCCGGAUCUGCAGCUUGCUAACGGACUGGAAGUCAUCGCAGGUCUACUUUACGUACCUCUGUCUGCUGGCGGCCGGGACUUCAUUGCUUUCCUAAGGAAGGGCCAGCCACGCCAAGUACGCUGGGCCGGUCGACCUUUCAAGGAUGGUGAACAGCGGAAUAUUCUGGAGCCGAGAGCAUCCUUCAGAACAUGGUCGGAAACUGUCGCUGGACGAUGUCGUGCGUGGUCAGAUGAGCAUCUCGAAACUGCUGGCGUGUUAGCGCUGGUGUACGGGAAGUUCAUAGAAGUCUGGCGACAGAAGGAAUCUGCACUGCAAACCACUAAGCUGACAAAUCUUUUACUGUCGAAUGCUAGCCAUGAAGUGCGCACGCCACUUAAUCAUAUCAUAAACUAUCUGGAAUUGGCACUCAAUGGCUCGCUGGACACCGAGACUCGUGAAAACUUGAGUCAAUCUCAUGCUGCUUCAAAGAGUUUAUUAUUCACAAUUAAUGAUUUGCUUGAUCUCACUCGCCUUGAAAGUGGUAAUGAAACGUCUUUUAACGAGGUAUUCAAUCUCCACCGUGCCAUUGAGGAUGCAACCCUCCUCUAUCGAAACGAAGCAAUGCGCAGGGGGCUUGGAUUCAAGCUUGAUGUCUCUAAUUGUCCAAAGUUGGUCGUAGGUGAUUCCAGAAAGAUACGGACGGUAGUUGCGAACCUCGCCGCUAACGCUCUAAAGUAUACCGAUCAAGGAUCUAUAUCAGUGCAAUGCCAUGCAUUCGAGGAGCCCAUAGGACUUCGAAAUUCGGACACUAUCGCAGUAGAAAUCGUGGUAUCCGAUACAGGAUACGGGAUUCCUAGCGAGAAGCUGGAAUGCAUAUUCAGGGAGUUCGAGCAGGUCGAGAGCGCGCCUUCAAAAAGCAGUGCUCCGGGCCUCGGACUGGGGCUGGCGGUCGUCGCUCGAAUUGUGGAACAACUCGGAGGUCAGCUACGUGUCGAUUCAAGAAUUAACGAAGGCAGCCGAUUCUCUUUCCUGAUUCCAUUCUCUACUGAAAUUGAUGGUUCGAUUUCUCCUUCCCCAUCGUGCUCGCCAUCGUCCCGGAGCUCUCACAGACGUUCGCUUGACGAAAUGCCUAAUGCUCGCGAGAGUCAGUUUGAUAAUCUGGUAGAAGCCCUGUCGAACCAACACAUAGGCGAUACAUCACUUAUUCCUAUCAGCCCAAUGGAUACGAAUGCCUCUUCACGAGUGGAAUGCGAUAGAGCUCUUCUCACUAGCUCGGAUCGAUCUAUUGCCCUUACUCCUGUUGAAGAAACUGGAUCAACCGGAAGCCCUCGUUCGGGGGCACAAAUACAUCUUCAGACCGUGACGAUCAAGGAUGUCCAACCGCCUCUGUCGCCCGUGCCAAAACAUUCUUCACGCAAGGGCCCGCGUAGCUCAACGUCACGCGGUGGCCGCUCGGAGACAAGCAGUAAUGUCAAACUGCGGCUGCUUAUUGUGGAGGACAACGACAUUAAUCGUAUGAUCCUUGCGAAGCGUCUAUCGCUGGAUGGACAUACUGUCGUCAAUACAACGAAUGGCGUCGAAGGUCUUGAGAUGCUCGAGUCUGAUUGGGAAUUUGAUUGCGUGUUGAUGGAUAUUCAGAUGCCGUUGCUGAAUGGAUUUGAGGCUACAGAACGAAUCCGUCAGGUGGAACGGCAGCGAAAUAACGAACCCCACCGAACGUCUCACCAACUCAAUGGAAGGAUACCCAUAUUCGCCGUUUCAGCAUCCCUUUAUGAAGACCAACACGACGAGCUGCUCAAGCUGGGCUUCGACGGUUGGAUACUGAAACCAAUCGACUUUAAGCGCCUGCGAAACAUCCUUCGAGGUGUCAUGGAUACUGUGCAGCGUAGCAAAGACGUGUAUCACCCAAGUUGUAGCUGGGAAGUGGGCGGGUGGUUGAAGAAGCAUGGCAAAGUCCGGGAAGGCGCAUAA